AUCAACUUAAUACGAACGAAUUUGGAUAUUCCAUUCGUAUCCAAGAACCCACGCGCUGGCCGUUCCUGCCGCUCACUCCGUCGUCCGUUAGUGCGCACUCGCCGCAUCUCAUUCAAUCCUCGGUGCAUCUUCCUUCCUUCUCCUCUCUCAUCAUCCUCUUCUCUCUCAUCUUGCUGCCGUCUCUGUCUCUCCGUCCUGGCCGCAACGCUCACUCUGUAUCUCGAAAACGUCAAAAGUCCAGCACCAAAAUAGUCGGAAACGACAAACGACUGACACGUCCCCCUUCCCCCCGCUUUACCCUCCACGAGGUCCGCACCCACGUUUCUCCCUAAUCCGCCGAACCUCCAACCACUCAUUCCACCAUGAAGAUCACGGACAAGCUCCUCGCCGCCGAGCGCGAGGGACGUCCAUUCUGGAGCUUCGAGUACUUCCCCCCGCGCACUGCACAGGGCCUCCAGAACCUUUAUGACCGUAUCGAGCGUAUGCGCAAUCUCGGCCCCGAGUUCAUCGACAUCACUUGGGGCGCUGGCGGCAAGAAUGCCGACCUGACCUCGUCGCUCGUCGAGGUGUGCCAGGGCACCAUCGGCAUUGAGACGUGCAUGCACCUCACUUGCACCGAGAUGCCCAAGGAGAAGGUCGAAUGGGCGCUCAAGCAGGCCAAGUCUGCCGGUUGUCAGAACAUUCUCGCCAUGCGCGGCGACCCUGUUGCUGGCUCGGACGUCUGGAAGCCCACGCCCGGCGGCUUCAUGCACGCCAUCGACCUCGUUCGCUAUAUCCACAAGAACUACCCCGGAGACUUCUGCGUUGCCGUUGCAGGCUUCCCCCAGGGCCACCCGGAGACGCCCCUCACGCCCGAUGGCAAGCACCAGGAGAUGCUGUGGCUCAAGGAGAAGGUUGAUGCCGGCGCAGACUUCAUCUUUACCCAGAUGUUCUAUGACGUCGACAUUUUCUUCCAGUGGGUCAAGGACGUGCGCUCGUACGGCAUUACCGUCCCCAUUGUGCCGGGUAUCAUGCCCAUUCAGAACUGGCAGAAGUUCCAGACAUGGGUGAAGCGCGAGAACAUUGUCGUACCCCAGGAGUGGUACGAUGUCCUCCUUCCCGUGCAGGGCGACGACGAGCAAGUGCGUGCUAGAGGCACCAAGCUCGUCGCCGAGAUGUGCCGCGCCAUCCUCGAUAACCAGGAGGCCGGUAUCAAGGGUCUGCACGUCUACACCCUCAACCUCGAGAAGGGUGCUCGCAUGCUUCUUGAGGAGCUCGACAUGACGCCCCGCCGCGAGCAGGUCAUGCCCCUCCCUUGGCGCCCCUCCCUUACGCCUUCGCGCCGCUCCGAGACCAUCCGUCCCAUCUUCUGGGCCAAUCGUGUGCAGUCUUACCUGUCGCGCACUAGCGACUGGGACGAGUUCCCCAACGGCCGUUGGGGUGACUCUCGCUCGCCCGCUUACGGUGACCUCGACGGUUACCCUGUUGCCAUUGGCACCACUGCCAAGGAGGCGCUCGAGCUUUGGGGCGCUCCUCAGACGCGUGCCGAGAUCAACGAGCUCUUCGCCAAGUUCUGCCGCGCUGAGGUCAAGAAGCUUCCUUGGUCGCAGAACGGCGCAUCGUCCGAGACGACGGUGAUUACGGAUCAGCUCGCCAAGAUGAACGAGCGCGGAUAUCUGACGAUCAACUCGCAGCCCGCGGUCGAUGGCGCGCGCUCGGACGACAAGGUGCACGGCUGGGGUCCCACCGGCGGAUAUGUGUACCAGAAAGCGUAUCUCGAGUUUUUCGUGGCGCCCGAGCUUCUCAGCCCGCUCAUUCGCCGCAUCGAGAAGGACCCGCGCAUUACCUACUACGCUGUCAACAAGCAGGGCGAUCUGCGCACCAACACGCACUCGGAGGGCCCCAACGCUGUCACUUGGGGUGUCUUCCCCGGCAAGGAGAUCAUCCAGCCUACUAUUGUCGAGGCCGUCUCCUUCAUCGCAUGGAAGGACGAGGCGUUCGAGCUCGGUUGCCAGUGGGCCAACCUUUACCCCGAGGGAUCGCCCACGCGCUCCCUCAUCCGCAACAUCAUGGACACGAGCUACCUUGUCAACAUUGUCGCCAACGACUUCAAGGACGGCAUGGCCAUCUUCGAGCCCUUCCUCCUCGACCAGCCGCUCGCCAACGGCGUCUAAACCAUUAGAAGAGUAAUUAUGCGGAUCCAACCCCGCCAACAAAACCUAGCUGCAGAUCCAACCCUGCUGUAUCAUAGUCUCAGUCACGUAACGCUCGCCCGGCGCGAUCCAACCCCCGCCGCGGCGUGAGAAGAAAAUCCUUAGUGGAUCCAACCCCACGGCUCGUACAUCCCACCCUCAUACACUUUACAUAUUCGUUGUAGCGUCCUCAACGGACGAGCCGUUCAACCCGGCGCCCAGUACCCGGCUCAACCCAUACCUUUCACAUAAUACCCCCCUGCAAGGAUACCCCCGGCCCCGCGGCGCCAUUGGCUCGCGCAGAGGUCGUACAGGAGAGGUUCAACUCCUCGCAAAGGCAACAAACGCAAGACAUGACAUGCAUCGAUUGAGACUAGA